UCGGGGCGCACGGGCGCGGUCAGCGGGGCGGGCCGGGCCGGGCCGGGAGGAAGUGCGGGCCUCCUGCCCCGGCGCGCCGAGGAAGUUCCCCAAAAUGAGGAAGCGGCACGGGCCGGGCAGCUGAGGCGACACCGGCGCGGGACAGCGACGAGGAGCGGCGGCCCCGCGCGCCCCGCCCUAGCCUCACCUGGCUCAGGUGGACAACUGCUCAGGUGUGUGCCCUCUCACCCUGAAGCAUGGCCAGUGGCACAGCCGACAGCGCCAACCACCUGCCCUUCUUUUUUGGCAACAUCACCCGGGAGGAGGCAGAAGACUACCUGGUCCAGGGGGGCAUGAGCGAUGGGCUCUACCUGCUGCGCCAGAGCCGCAACUACCUGGGCGGCUUCGCCCUAUCUGUGGCCCACGGGAGGAAGGCACACCACUACACCAUCGAGCGGGAGCUGAACGGCACCUAUGCCAUUGCCGGUGGCAGGACCCAUGCCAGUCCAGCUGACCUCUGCCACUACCACUCCCAGGAGUCCGACGGCCUUGUCUGCCUCCUCAAGAAGCCCUUCAACCGGCCCCCCGGCGUGCAGCCCAAGACCGGGCCCUUUGAGGACCUGAAGGAAAACCUCAUCAGGGAAUACGUGAAGCAGACCUGGAACCUGCAGGGCCAGGCACUGGAGCAGGCCAUCAUCAGCCAGAAGCCACAGCUGGAGAAGCUGAUUGCUACCACGGCCCACGAGAAGAUGCCCUGGUUCCAUGGAAAAAUCUCUCGGGAAGAGUCUGAGCAGGUUGUUCUGAUAGGAUCUAAGACCAACGGAAAAUUUUUGAUUAGGGCUAGAGACAACAAUGGCUCCUACGCCCUGUGCCUGUUACAUGAGGGGAAGGUGCUGCACUACCGCAUUGACAAGGACAAGACCGGCAAGCUCUCCAUCCCCGAGGGGAAGAAGUUUGACACGCUCUGGCAGCUAGUUGAGCAUUAUUCUUAUAAAGCAGAUGGUUUGCUAAGAGUUCUUACAGUUCCAUGUCAAAAAAUCGGCACACAGGGAAAUGUCAAUUUUGGAAGCCGUCCGCAACUUCCAGGUUCCCAUCCUGCGACUUGGUCAGCGGGUGGAAUAAUCUCAAGAAUCAAAUCAUACUCCUUCCCAAAGCCUGGCCACAGAAAGGCCUCUCCUGCCCAGGGGAGCCGGCCAGACAGUACUGUGUCAUUCAAUCCUUAUGAGCCAGAAGUAGCACCCUGGACUGCAGACAGAGGCCCUCAGAGGGAAGCCCUGCCCAUGGACACGGAGGUGUACGAGAGCCCCUACGCCGACCCCGAGGAGAUCAGGCCCAAGGAGGUCUACCUGGACCGGAAGCUGCUGACGCUGGAAGACAAAGAGCUGGGCUCUGGUAACUUCGGCACUGUGAAGAAGGGCUACUACCAGAUGAAGAAGGUUGUGAAAACAGUGGCUGUGAAAAUACUGAAGAAUGAGGCCAACGACCCAGCUCUCAAAGACGAGCUCUUGGCGGAGGCCAACGUCAUGCAGCAGCUGGACAACCCGUACAUCGUGCGCAUGAUCGGGAUCUGCGAGGCCGAGUCCUGGAUGCUGGUCAUGGAGAUGGCGGAGCUGGGUCCCCUCAACAAGUAUCUGCAGCAGAACAGGCAAGUCAAGGAUAAGAACAUCAUCGAGCUGGUUCACCAGGUUUCCAUGGGCAUGAAGUAUCUGGAAGACAGCAACUUUGUGCACAGAGACCUGGCUGCCAGGAAUGUGUUGCUGGUCACUCAACAUUAUGCCAAGAUCAGUGAUUUUGGACUUUCCAAAGCUCUUCGUGCUGACGAAAACUACUACAAGGCCCAGACCCACGGGAAGUGGCCGGUGAAGUGGUACGCCCCGGAGUGCAUCAACUACUACAAGUUCUCCAGCAAGAGUGACGUCUGGAGCUUUGGAGUGUUAAUGUGGGAAGCGUUUUCCUAUGGGCAGAAGCCUUACCGCGGCAUGAAGGGAAGUGAAGUCUCUGCUAUGUUAGAGAAAGGAGAGCGGAUGGGGUGCCCCGCAGGGUGUCCCAGAGAGAUGUACGAGCUGAUGAACCUGUGCUGGACAUAUGAGGUGGAGAACAGGCCUGGAUUUGCAGCAGUGGAACUGCGGCUACGCAAUUACUACUAUGAUGUGGUCAACUAACAGCUCCUGUCCCUGCCCAUGGCUGCCUGUGAUCAAAGGAGCAGAAGACAGAAAAGUGUUUUCAGAGUGACUGAUUCCCAGUGUUCCCUCCCCUCUGCCAGCUGGGAGAGUGGCCGUGGAAGGGACAUGCCUUGUCACCUUGAGACAGCCCUCCUCGAAGCAAACCUUCUCCCAGAAGAAGUACAGACCAGAGGAUCAGAGGGGCCCACUGGAUUCAUUUGUUCUCUCGUCCAUGUGAUUUUCAUGACAGGUUAUUCUUAGGACCUGUUUCCAAAUCCCUUUGUGUCUUUCCCCUUCUCUGGGUCCUGGGCUGUAUGUGAGGGCCCGGCAGGCCCAGACGCAUUGCCAGGUGGUAUGCAGUACUCUCGCCCAAGUUGGCAUUUCCAAAACAUCCAGGGAUGCUGUCAGCGCAGGACCCUGAGAGGAGGGGCAGAGGGGAAAGGAAGAGGAAGUUGCUGCCUCCAGAUCAUGGUUCUGACAGCCUGCAAGACUGGUCCCUGGCCACUGAAAAGCGUUUCUGAUACUAAAAGUACUUUGAGGCUUAAGAAAGAAAAUCAAGCUUGACCAGUGCUAUUUCUAAGCAUUUGGCCAGUUAAGAAAGGACAAAACAAUGCCUGGAUGCUGCUUUUGCUCUUUGCUGUGGGACAGAAGACAUAGAACCAUGUGAAAAUUGAGGACUGUUUGAAUGAAUGAGCCUGGCUCACCGUCCCCCAACACCCACUUCCUGCAGACUGCCUUAGAGAUUGUUCUUGUAUGGGGACUGGUGAAUAAAGUUCUGUGUGGAGAUUGCACAGGGACGAAGGAUGCCCGGGACCCUGUGCUUGACCCAAGAUAGCAGAGCACUUCAGAUUGUCAUCUCCCUAGCAUUGUCCACACUUCCUCCCCUCCACAGAGAGGGUCCAGCCAGAAUCCCCUUUCUCUGUGUCUGUAAUGGAGGGUAACACACCAUCCAGUCCAUCCAAAGGGGAGUUUCUAAAGAAAGUAUGAAUUCACAAUAAAGUCAAAGACCCUGACCCCUACCCACAA